UUUGUAUUCGUAAUGAUAAACAUAUAUUAUCCCUUUAUUUUUAUUGUAGUUACUAGAGAGCUUUUGGUGUGUAGAGCCUUUUAGUUUUUUUCUUUUUUGAUAAUUUUGAAAUCCAAAAAUAAAAAUAAGAGGACAAAAAUAUUUGGGUUUAUAAAUAAGGGGUGCAUAUAGUGAUUCAGGGUAGGAAGAGAGGAAGCAAGGAGCAAUUUAAAAAGUGUAGGAUACAUUGAGGUGAUGGACAACCGCCCUCGGGAUGUAUCCAUUUCCUAUCAGUGUCUGCUGAAUUAGGUUGUGGCAUGUUUGGAAUUGCCAACUCCUCUUUACACUCUGUAUGUGAAUGGUGAGAAUGCUGUUGAGCUGCACCUUGAUACGGGUGACGUGUUAGGGUCGUAUGUGUACAAUAGUGGUGCAGCUGAUACCCUCAAAGCCUCAAUUGAAAAGGCGUCUGAGCAGGCUCUGAGGGGGCUGAGGGCUGAAUGUGGUGUCUAGAUUGAUGAUUUUUCAAGUGAAAGGAUUGACAGGCUAGAGCGUUGUCAAUUCUUGUAUGAGAUGAAGCGUUUGGGGUUAGAAUCUAUUGAAAAGCCUAAUGGGAAGACACAUGUGAGGUGGCUUGCUGUCCCAGGACAAAAGCGUGCUGCUAAGUACGUUUGCAUUGAUUACUUAGAUGUUCUGCGUCCUUUGGUUGCUGAAACUGGAGCUCGUGUCUCGUCGGUUGAUGUUCUUGAGAUAGCUGAUAAGAAGUGGAUUGCUUGGCUUUCAAUAUUCACUUCAUUUACUUCUGCUGGGUUAGAGUGUGUAUACAGUUCAUUUUCUGGGAAAUGCAAGACUGCUGCCCAGGAUGCAGCGAAGAAAGGAGUUAACUUCUUAUGUUCAAGCUACAAUCUGAACAUUAUUGUUUUGAAUCAUUCAAAUGUAGUUUAUGCUCGGAUUAAGUGUUCUCUUGCAAAGGAAAGUUUUAUGACAUUUAAGGAGCGUGUGCUAGGUGUUCAGCAGCCACUGCAUUUGCCUCCUUUCUUUACUGCAGCCGAAUGUAGCAGGCCAAAGUUUGCUGAGCAACAGUUAAAGUCCUCUAAUUGUCCACCAGCUGCACCACGCAAGUGUAAAGCACGUUCCAGCACUGCCUCUCGGCCUGCUAUUACCCCUGUUGCAGUUCCUGAAGACUUAGAAUUGGUGUUUAAGCGCAGAAAGCUAGAGUAGAUUUUAGGAGGACUUUGGGGGCUGUUUUGUGAAAUUGCCAUAGUUUACAGCCAUAGCUAGAAUUGUUUGUUUUAAAAGUUAUGUGAUAUUUUCUGUAUGUGGUUGUUAGCACUGUUUGUGUUUAUUAUUCUUAAAUGGCUGUACUUUUUUGUAAAUGUGAGGAACCAGUGGCUAAUUUACGUAAACUUAUGGUUUAUGUGU